UCAAGUAUAAAUAUUCAUCAAGAAUUGUCAUCAAAACUCCACCAAAAGUCUCCUUCUUGCCCUCUAAAUCAGAUUAAGACCAACCAUGAUGCAACCAGAACUUGUUCAGCCCACGUGGCCAUACUACAAGAUCAUAAAUUCACCUGAUCUUAAUAUUGACGAUUAUAUGGGUGGUUGUGAGUUUUCUUCUUCAUUGACUUGUACAGAUGACUACGCAGAGUUUUCAUCCAUCCCCAAUUUUUCUUCUGUGUUUUCCAGUGAAUUUAUUCAGUUUCCUGGAACUUGUGAUGAUGAGCUACAAGGCAUGUUACAGAUGGAGGAUUUUCUAGAGUUGGAAGGGCUUGAUUCUAUUCUGAGUGAUGAUGUCGAGGGCUUAUGCAGAUCUUUUGAUCAUGAAAGUGAAGGAAAUUUCCCUUCACAAGUGACCUGUGAAAGGGAAGGUAUAUGGAGUCCUAGCACAUCGAUGAAAUCCAGCGAGGCGUCGAUGGACAGCACACUGACUUUGCCAGCAGAAGAAAUGGAAAUAGAUAACCAAGUGAGCGUUUCUCAUCUUCUAAAGGCUUAUGGAGAGGCCUUGGAGAGGGGGCAAAGAGAGCUUGGAGAAGUGAUUACCAAAUGCUUAAGUGAGAAAGUGAGUCCAGCUGGCGAAGCCUUGGAGCGACUGGCCUUCAAUUUAUCCCCCGACAUUGAAAAGCAAAGGGAAUAUCUAAUGCAAGAGUCCAGAAAAAACUUCAAGGAUGCGUUCAGGGCAUUCUACCAAUUGUUUCCAUACGGGAGAAUUGCUCACUUUGCAGCAAACACGACAAUCCUUGAAGCCAUGCCAGAUGAUGCAGAGAUCAUUCACAUAGUGGACUUUGACAUUGGAGAAGGGCUUCAGUGGCCUCCAUUGAUGGAGGCCAUUGCAAAAAGACAUAGAACCCUGAGAUUGACUUCAAUAAAGAGGGAGGAUGAGGACUUAACAUGCGCUUCCUUGCCCUGGAGUUUUGCAGAGACAAGAAGACAACUGUCUGACUAUGCAAGAUGUUUUGGCCUCAAGUUGAAAGUUGAGGAGAUGGGAAUUGAGGAAUUGGUGAGUGAGAUAAAGAGAAAGAAGAAAAGAGGUGACAACAAACAACGGUUGGUUUUUAACUGCAUGGUUGGGCUUCCGCAUAUGGGAAGAGAAAGAAGCAGAAAACCUGUCAAGGAGUUUCUUCAUACAGCCAAGGAGUUGUUAUCAGAAAAUGGCAACAGUAGCAAGAACAGAGGUAUUAUAACUUUAGGUGAUGGGGAUGCUUGCGAGAGACAGGCAUAUUGCAGAGGAUUUGGGUCAUUUUUUGAGGGGUAUUUGGAACAUUACCAAGCCCUUUUGGAAUCAAUUAAAUCCAGCUUCCCUACACAUCUUGCAGAAGCAAGAAUGGCCAUGGAGUGUCUGUUUGUGACACCUUACAUCUCGUCCCAUGUUUGGCUCCAAAAGUGGGAAGAAAUGAGACAAGGCUUCCACAUUCAGGCAGGAAUUGGAUUGGAGAAGUCUAAAGUAAGCAAAGAUGUAUUGAUGGAAGCCGGAGAGAUGGUGAAAGGGGAAGGUUGUUAUGGGGUAAGGAUUGGAGGAGAUGGUGAGAACGAGCUAAUUCUGGAGUGGAGAGGAACGCCAUUGGUGAGAGUCUCUACUUGGAGAAGUUGAAAGCUAGAUAUCGUUUUUUCUCUGUUGUAUAGAUUAAUUAUUUACUUAGAAGUUAAAUUCUAAGCAAAUAGGUAAAACACAAGGACCUUACCAUUUUUAUUCUAUUGUAUAGAUUAUUUAUUUUCUCAUUGUGGAAAAGUUAUUGGUUGAAUUGACUAAUGA